AUGCACUUAGUCCCUGCUCAUGAAUUCCUUCCCAUUCAUAUCGUCAAGCGUAUUCUUCGCCAUACCCUCAAAGGACUCGAAGCCUCACAUCAUCAUGGAAUCGUACACACAGGUGGUCAUCUUCAACUCGUCUUUUGUCUUGAUAAUCAUAAAUACUAUUCGUUUCAAUCAGAUCUCAAGCCCGACAACAUAAGAGUACCAUUUGACGACAAGUUCACGGCAGAGAUUUUGGACGAGUGGGUCCGAGCGCACCCGCCACGGAUUUAUCCCCCAACAAAAAAGCUGGCCGGACGCACGUUCAAACUAGCUGAUUUUAGUAAUGCUCAACUUUGCGAUGACCAUACGACAGACCACAUUACGCCUCUAGGACUUCGCCCUCCUGAGAUCAUGCUAGGCGGACCUUGGGACGAAACAGUCGAUAUCUGGACUUUUGGAUGCAUCGUGUUCACUCUUUUAACACGGCUCUCCUUGUUAUACACCGGUGUCGAACCCCGCUUUCGCUACCUGUAUCCCGCCGGAACUGACUUUUCUGACCCCGACGUGCAGCACAUUCACGUAUUAUUCCAGACCGCGUAUUUCACACAGCAGAUUUUCCCUCCCGCCCUGUUGGAGAUAUAUCCUCAUUCCGCGAGGUAA